CUACGCGAGCGAAAAGACGCGGGUUGAGGAAGAGUUACGGACUGCCCAUGCGCUUGGGCGCACAGCGGCCCGCUUCGGUGUGGUCUGGAGGUGGAGCUGAGAGGGGAAUCACACUCUAUAAAGGUGCGCACACCCCACUGGCGGAUUAAAUUGCGGCAGUGACGUCACAGAGGGACCGCCCCGCCCCCACAAGACCCCACCGACGUGGGGUUGGCCGUGGUGGAAGGACCCGGAGUGGGCGCGUGCGUACUGGCAGCCUCUCCCGCCCCGACCGGCCUGGGCCCCGCCCCCGGGCGUGCGGCGCCCAAUGCGCGUGCGCGGCGGCGUCGGCGCCAGUUAUUUCUGUCCCGCCCCCCGGCCUCGGCUCUUUCUGCGAGCGGGCGCGCGGGCGAGCGGUUGUGCUUGUGCUUGUGGCGCGUGGUGAGGGUUUCGGCGGCGGCUGAGGAAGAAGCGCGGGCGGCGCCUUCGGGAGGCGAGCAGGCAGCAGUUGGCGGUGCCGCAGCAGCGUCCCGCGCGCGGCGGGCAGCGGCCCAGGAGGCGCGUGGCGGUGCUCGGCCUCGCGGCGGCGGCGGCGGCGGCCCAGCAGUUGGCGGCGAGCGCGUCUGCGCCUGCGCGGCGGGCCCCGCGCCCCUCCUCCCCCCUGGGCGCCCCCGGCGGCGUGUGAAUGGCGGCCUCGGCGGCGGCAGCCUCGGCAGCAGCGGCCUCGGCCGCCUCUGGCAGCCCGGGCCCGGGCGAGAGCUCCGCUGGCGGCGAAAAGCGCUCCACCGCUUCUUCGACCGCGGCCUCGGCCUCGGCCUCGGCCUCGGUGUCGUCGCCCGCGGGGGGCGGCGCCGAGGCGCUGGAGCUGCUGGAGCACUGCGGCGUGUGCAGAGAGCGCCUGCGACCCGAGAGGGAGCCCCGCCUGCUGCCCUGUUUGCACUCGGCCUGUAGUGCCUGCCUAGGGCCCGCGGCGCCCGCCGCCGCCAACAGCUCCGGGGACGGCGGGGCUGCGGGCGACGGCGCCGUGGUGGACUGUCCCGUGUGCAAGCAACAGUGCUUCUCCAAAGACAUCGUGGAGAAUUAUUUCAUGCGUGAUAGUGGCAGCAAGGCUGCCACCGACGCCCAGGAUGCUAACCAGUGCUGCACUAGCUGUGAGGAUAAUGCCCCAGCUACCAGCUACUGUGUGGAGUGCUCGGAGCCUCUGUGUGAGACCUGUGUAGAGGCGCACCAGCGGGUGAAGUACACCAAGGAUCACACUGUGCGCUCUACUGGGCCAGCCAAGUCUCGGGAUGGUGAACGUACCGUCUAUUGCAACGUACACAAGCAUGAACCCCUUGUGCUGUUUUGUGAGAGCUGUGAUACUCUCACCUGCCGAGACUGCCAGCUCAAUGCCCACAAGGACCACCAGUACCAGUUCUUAGAGGAUGCAGUGAGGAACCAGCGCAAGCUCCUGGCCUCACUGGUGAAGCGCCUUGGGGACAAACAUGCCACAUUGCAGAAGAGCACCAAGGAGGUUCGCAGCUCGAUUCGCCAGGUGUCUGAUGUACAGAAGCGUGUGCAAGUGGAUGUCAAGAUGGCCAUCCUGCAGAUCAUGAAGGAACUGAAUAAGCGGGGCCGUGUGCUGGUCAACGAUGCCCAGAAAGUUACUGAGGGGCAGCAGGAGCGCCUGGAGCGGCAGCACUGGACCAUGACCAAGAUCCAGAAGCACCAGGAGCACAUUCUGCGCUUUGCCUCUUGGGCUCUGGAGAGUGACAACAACACAGCCCUUCUGCUUUCUAAGAAGUUGAUCUACUUCCAGCUGCACCGGGCCCUCAAGAUGAUUGUGGAUCCCGUGGAGCCACAUGGCGAGAUGAAGUUUCAGUGGGACCUCAAUGCCUGGACCAAGAGUGCCGAGGCCUUCGGCAAGAUUGUGGCAGAGCGUCCUGGCACUAACUCAACAGGCCCUGCACCCAUGGCUCCUCCAAGAGCCCCAGGGCCCCUGAGCAAGCAGGGCUCUGGCAGCAGCCAGGUGAGCAGGAGAGAGGACCCAGAAAGGGGUGGGCAGGGAAUGGGGUCCAACAGGGUUCCUGUCCCACUGAGGCAGAGGGCUCUGCUUUGUUCACAGCCCAUGGAGGUUCAGGAAGGCUAUGGCUUCGGGUCAGAUGAUCCCUACUCAAGUGCAGAGCCUCACGUGUCAGGUGUGAAACGGUCCCGCUCAGGUGAGGGCGAGGUGAGCGGCCUUAUGCGCAAGGUGCCACGAGUGAGCCUGGAACGCCUGGACCUGGACCUCACAGCUGACAGCCAGCCACCCGUCUUCAAGGUCUUUCCAGGCAGUACCACUGAGGACUACAACCUUAUUGUUAUUGAACGUGGCGCCGCUGCUGCAGCUACUGGCCAGCCAGGGACUGCACCUGCAGGAACCCCUGGUGCGCCACCCCUGGCUGGUAUGGCCAUUGUCAAGGAGGAGGAGACGGAGGCUGCCAUUGGAGCCCCUCCUACUGCCACUGAGGGCCCUGAAACCAAACCUGUGCUUAUGGCUCUUGCGGAGGGUCCUGGUGCUGAGGGUCCCCGCCUGGCCUCACCUAGUGGCAGCACCAGCUCAGGGCUGGAGGUGGUGGCUCCUGAGGGUUCCUCAGCCCCAGGUGGUGGCCCGGGAACCCUGGAUGACAGUGCCACCAUUUGCCGUGUCUGCCAGAAGCCAGGUGAUCUGGUCAUGUGCAACCAGUGUGAGUUUUGUUUCCACCUGGACUGUCACCUGCCGGCCCUGCAGGAUGUACCAGGGGAGGAGUGGAGCUGCUCACUCUGCCAUGUGCUCCCUGACCUGAAGGAGGAGGAUGGCAGCCUCAGCCUGGAUGGUGCAGACAGCACUGGCGUGGUGGCCAAGCUCUCGCCAGCCAACCAGCGGAAAUGUGAGCGUGUUCUGCUGGCUCUCUUCUGUCAUGAACCCUGCCGCCCCCUGCAUCAAUUGGCUACCGACUCCACCUUCUCCCUGGACCAGCCCGGUGGCACCCUGGAUCUGACCCUGAUCCGCGCCCGCCUGCAGGAGAAGUUGUCACCUCCCUACAGCUCCCCACAGGAGUUUGCCCAGGAUGUGGGCCGCAUGUUCAAGCAAUUCAACAAGUUAACUGAGGACAAGGCAGACGUGCAGUCCAUCAUCGGCCUGCAGCGCUUCUUCGAGACGCGCAUGAACGAGGCCUUCGGUGACACCAAGUUCUCUGCUGUGCUGGUGGAGCCCCCGCCGAUGAGCCUGCCUGGUGCUGGCCUGAGUUCCCAGGAGCUGUCUGGUGGCCCUGGUGAUGGCCCCUGAGGCUGGAGCCCCCAUGGCCAGCCCAGCCUGGCUCUGUUCUCUGUCUUGUCACCCCAUCCCCACUCCCCUGGUGGCCUGACUCCCACUCCCUGGUGGCCCCAUCCCCCAGUUCCUCACGAUAUGGUUUUUACUUCUGUGGAUUUAAUAAAAACUUCACCAGUUCCUCAGG